GAUAAGAAUUAUCUUAGAAAUCCGUGCCUGUAUUAUAUUAUGUUGUUAUUAUUGUUUGUUCACUACUAACUCCGAAGUCGGAGCUAUUUUACUUAAUUCUACUGCCAGAUCCUUGCUAUACAUACUGUAGUAAACUAUAGUAAGUCGUUGCUUGUACUCGUAUACUUAGUAUAGUUUGAGCGAAAACAAUGAUUUUGGAAGAAAACCAAAAUGUCAUCAAACCAAGGAAUAGCCGAGCAGCUCGGCCUAAAGUUGUUUACCAAUGGACUGUACAAGAUGUUCAAAAAUGGUUUCGUCGUCAUUGCUAUGAUUAUUAUGUUUUAUAUGGAGAAAAAUUCUUGCAGCAUGAAAUAAUUGGACGCGCUUUAAUAAGAAUAAAUGAAAAUCAACUGUAUCGUAUGGGCAUUAUAAAUCCAGAUCAUAGUCAAGAUAUUUGUCGAGAAAUACUUAAACUACGUCUUAAAACUUAUAUUUUAGAGUUUAGAGAUCUGGAACGCAACAAUCUUUAUGAUUAAACUUUCAAAUUUCUACAAUUUUACAUCGAAAGCCCAAGAGUAGUGAUCCGAGGACUAUUAGGCUUAAUUGAACCUACUUCAGUUUCUACUUUGUAAAAUGAUAUUGGAUGAAAUGUACUUAUGUCGAUAAGAGUACUAUUUUUAUUGAAUACUCUUAUAACACCUGGAGCUUCACAUCC